AUGCAGUACAUCGGGAGGAUUUUUUCAUCUGCUAAGCGGAUGUACAGUGACAUCAACAGCGCCACGCUCAACGGUGCAAUUGAUGUCAUCGUUGUUAGGUACCCCGAUGGUGAGCUCUUCAGUUCUCCAUUCUACGUUCAAUUUGGCAAAACAGGAAUACUCAGACCUUGCGAAGAUGUGGUAACCUCCUUCGUUCACAUCCUCGCAUUGUAA